AUCAGCUAAGGAAGGAAGCAGAGCACCAGCUGGCCGAGCGGUUGCGCGCAGCGUUGCGCUUUUGGAGAGCGUGCGGCCGCGUUGCGCGCAGACCUCGGCUGAGGCUGCGAAACGCCGGGCGAGGCCCGUUCCUCGGAACCCGCGAGCAAACAGCUAGGCUGGGAAGUCCCAGUCGCCGCCUCCGCCUCCGCCUCCCGCCGCGCCUUUUGGCACAUCAAAGUCUAGUUGCAGAGCGCGCCUUGGGAAGGAUACCUCCUCGCCAAGCGGCCGCCCUCGGGGGCCAUGCGCGCCUCUCCUCCCGGCCCUCUGCAGCGCUGUGGGAGUCGCGCACGUCUCCUCUUCCCAGACCGAGUCACCGAGAUAGCAGCGGGGGCCCCAAUUCCUCUUGCGCCUCCGCUCUCGUCCAGCUUCGUGAAGUCAGCGGUCUGAAUUUGAGCCGGGGAAGCCGGAGCAGCAAAAGGGCUCCCAGCCCAAGUCUUGCUUUUACGUGUGGAAGGAAGACCACCCAUCGCUUCCGCCCCCUCCUUGAGUUCAGGUACAGAGCAGGGCAUUGUCCUCAAGGCCCAGAGAAGAUACAUGGCUGAUAAGACCUUAAAAGGAUGCAGUUGUUUGCUGGCAGGCAAGGGCUCUCCAGGAUUUCAGACAGGAAUUGUUUCCCAGCACUUUCUGAGAGAUGCCAGGGAUUGGACUGGGGACCAUCUGCUUGCAAAACAUACACUCUGCUACUGAGCUGUUGUUCUUCACCUAAAGAUAAAUCCCGGCUGUUUUUAACUCUGGUCAUCCUGUGCGCCUGCUCCAUCCUGUACAUCUUGAUUUGCCCUUACUUCUGUCUGUCGUUGUGUUGGCUUGGCUGCCGUCACCCGGAAGAGCAAGAAGGAGUCCUGCCAGCUGGUCCUGGAGCUGCCCAGUUUGAGGGUUACAUCAGCGUCCCUGAUGGGAAGCCAUUGGCCCGAGUGCCAUGUCGCCAGUGUGCUGUGGUAUCAAGUUCUGGGCAGAUGCUGGGUUCGCGUUCUGGGAAGGAGAUUGACGAGAAGGAGUGUGUCCUGCGCAUGAAUCAGGCCCCCACCCAGGGCUACGAGGAGGAUGUGGGUGGCAGGAGCACUAUCCGGGUCGUUUCUCAUACCAGCAUCCCCUUGCUCUUGCGGAACCAGAGCUAUUUCUUCAAGCAGUCCCGGGACACAAUCUAUGUUAUCUGGGGCCCCACCAGGCUGAUGAGCCGGGAGAAGGUGGGCUUGGUCUACCGCACCCUCCUAAAGGUGAAGGAGAUGUACCCGAGCCUGCACCUCUACACGCUGACUGACCAGAUGAUGGUGCACUGUGACGAGCUCUUCCUGCUGGAGACAGGGAAGAACAGGAUGAAAUCUGGCUCCUUCCUGAGCACAGGCUGGUUCACAAUGGUUUUGGCGAUGGAGUUGUGUGAGCAGAUCUUUGUCUUUGGCAUGGUCAGCGAGAACUAUUGCAGAGACAGAAUCCAGCCCACUGUGCCUUACCACUACUUUGAAAAGGGCGAACUGGAUGAAUGCAAGAUGUACCUGACCCAUGAAAGAGCCCCCCAUGGUGGGCAUCGUUUCAUCACAGAGAAGGCCGUCUUUUCCCGCUGGGCAAAGAAAAGGAACAUUGUCUUCACUCACCCUUCGUGGCCAGAUGGGUAGCUGAGGCCCGCGGCAGGCCACCCAUGGUGCUAUUGUUGUUUUGGUAUUUUCUAUGAAUUCGAUCUUCAAACGUUUGUGACGGAAGCCAUAUUUGUCACUGUUUGGUUCUGCACAAAGUGCUGGCUCCUGCACGCGUGGUUUUCGAAGGGCAAUGAGGCAUCGGGAUGCAGAGCAGCCGGUACAGGGCCUCUUCCAUUUCCCUUGGCCGUGUAUUUCUAAACUUCCGGUCAAGAGGCAAGGAGUUGUUCUCCUCUUCCUGAACACUGAGUGGAAAGUCCUUCUCAUGGGUAGGUGGGAAACACUUUGGAAUUAUUUUUUUUAAGUGGAGGGAUGGAAACAUUUCAAAUAUAGUAGUAUAUAUAUAUAUAUUUAAGCAAUCCUCACUAGUGUUGGGAUUGUUGCGGCCUACUUCACCAAUUAUGUUUUCUGUGCUUGACACAUUGUGUGAUGAGAAGUACACCUGGAUUAGGCAGCAACGUUUUCUAAUGCCUCAGAUCCCAGGUAGUUUACCUGAUAAAAAGCUCUCUACCCCCUGAGUUAAUGGGAUCUUGGGAAGCAGACGAGGGGGACGAUACAGUAAUCUGUUUCCACGAUAACUGUUCCUAUGUUUUGUGCACUGCUGAGAGAUUGCUGAACAUCACGUGGUUUAGCAAUAAAAUGAAAUAAAAAAAUGAAA